AAAGCGUUUUAAUCAACAGUUAACGAUUUGUUUUGAAUCGUGAGUGGUUGGCAUCGUUUGUCGCGAAAAUUCUGGAAACAGAAACAGUGUAGCAGAGCUCAGUAUCGCAAGACGCAGAAAGUUCGAAGCACGUGAGGCGAUAUUACGCCUUGGCUGGCUCAUUUAUUAAUUCAUCGGGACUGUUUCGCUUUGUUAUUACGCAAGUUUGAGAAGUUAAAGUACCUGAAGUAAGGAUUUGUUUUGAUUUCGUUGUAACAAGCAUUUGUUUUGGAAUAGUGCUCGAAAUGACGGUUGAGGCAAUGGAAACAUCGGAGUGUAAACCGCAUGUGCCAGGGCCGAACGCGGUUGAUAUAUCACCAAAAAAAGACAAUGGAAUUCUUAAGGAAAUUAUUAAAGAAGGAACUGGUUCUGAAACACCAGCUCCUGGAAGUAAAGUUUUUGUUCACUAUAUUGGCACUUUAACCGAUGGAACUAAGUUCGAUUCAAGCAGGGACAGAGGAGAACCUUUUGACUUCCAGUUGGGGAAAGGAACUGUCAUACAAGCAUGGGACAUUGGUGUUGCAACUAUGAAGAAAGGAGAAGUAGCUGUUCUGACAUGUAAGUCUGAAUACGCCUAUGGAAAAUCAGGAAGCCCACCAAAAAUCCCACCAGAUGCAACACUUGUGUUUGAGAUUGAGGUUAUUGACUGGCAAGGAGAAGACAUAUCGCCAAAAAAGGAUGGCAGUAUAACACGAUACCAAAUUAUUCAAGGUGAAGGCUUUAGUAGUCCAAGUGAUGGGGCAACAGUUGAAGUUAAUUUGGUCGGUAAACACAGCGGGAAUAUUUUCGAAGAAAGAAGCGUUACUUUUCCACUUGGUGAAGGAAGUGAAUACGGAAUCUGUGAAGGUGUAGAAAAAGCCCUGGAAAAAUUUAAAAAAGGAGAAAAGUCAAGAAUCAUUAUAAAACCAAAAUAUGCAUUUAAAAAGGAAGGCAAGCCUGACUUAAACAUACCAGGAAAUGCUGAAAUUGAGUAUGAAGUGGAACUAAAAAAUUUUGAAAAGGCAAAAGAAGCAUGGUCUCUAGAUGCUGAUGAGAAAAUUGAACAAGCAAAAUUUUUCAAAGAGAAGGGAACGAAUUAUUUUAAAGCUGGCAAAUACGCAUUGGCUGUUAAAAUGUAUAAAAAAAUAGUGAACUUCUUAGAGCAUGAGACAGGCUUUGAAGAAGAGAAGGAACCAGAACGAAAAUCGCUUCUACUGGCUGGGCACUUAAAUCUUGCCAUGUGUUACCUCAAGCUUGAGGAACACUUUGAAGCACGUGAACAGUGUAACAAAGCUCUCGAGGUACAACCAUCCAGUGAGAAGGGAUUAUUUCGGCGUGGGCAGGCAUACUUGGGAAUGGGUGAACCAGAAUUGGCAAAAACAGAUUUUGAAGCAGUUCUAAAACUGGAACCAGAAAACAAAGCUGCAGCAAAUAAUAUUGUUAUUUGUAAUGUAAAGAUAAAGGAGCAGAGGAGUCGAGAGAAGAAGAUCUAUGCCAACAUGUUUGAGAAGUUUGCUCAGAGAGAUAAAGAGGUUCCAAGUGACUUGCCAUAUGGCUGGUGGGAUGGGGGAAAAGUUAUAGUGGAAAAGGAUGAUGAACUCGCUCCUCCACCGCCUCCUAAGAAAUCGUUAACGCCUGUUAAGAAAGUGGUCGCCAAAGAAGGUGGUAAUGAUUCAAAAGAUCCAUCAUCAGAUAUAAAAAAGGAUAAAUCUGAAGAAAUAGAUGCUAAAGAUUCUGUUUCUAAGGACACAUUCUCUCAAGCCUCAUAUAUCAAAGAAGAUCAUGGGCUAGAGCCAGACAUUAGUAGAGAGCCAGGUGUGAAAUGUUGACACCUGUUACAGUGUAUGUUGUGGCUGUUUGUCAUGUGUACAGCUGUUCUAUAAUUAUUCUUUUAGUUAGUAUCUUCUAACUUACUCAUUACAAAAUUGUAUGUAUAGAGAUUGAGUUUUACUUUUAACAAAAUGUUUUUGUCUGUGUUAUGAUAAUUUAUUAUUUACAGUACGCUUAGAAU